AAUCCCACAAAACUUACCUUUCGACACCUAUCCCCCAGUCCCUGCAAUGGUAAUUUCAUUGAGGAAAGUCGAAGAUAGUGAUUUCCAAAUUUUCUGAAGCGAAACUGCGAAAGCUUCAGAAUCUCACAGAGCCUUUACUCGAUGGAGAUUGGCUCUUCCCCCUCAACUCUCUGCUUUAAACCAGCACUACAACCACUAAUUAAAACUAGUACUAGCGGUUCUACUUGCUGCUGGAGGAACAGAAGAGUCUUGGCACGCAGCUUCUCGGUCUCUUACCGGAAGUUCGUCGACUUUGCUUUGGAAGAAACCAGACGCCACACUCAUUUGGUCCCUUCGCCUUUACAGGAAAAAUUCAGUUCCAUCAAUUCCAAGGAUGGUAAAGGAAUGCUUCAUAUGCGAUCCUUUCAAGCUGCCAAGAUUAGGCUUCUGCGAAGUUUGAGCAUUGAAACCAAAACAGUGCAGGUUCUGGAUUUUGCUGUCUUUCCAAAAGUAGAAUAUGACGUACCCAUAUUUUGUGCUAACUUUUUCACGAGUGGCAGAUCAAACAUCAUUGUGCUGGACCUUAACCCAUUGCAUGAUAUUAUUAAUCAGCAGGGUUACAAGGAAAAGUACUUUAGGAGCUUAAUUCCUCUUGGCCUAAAAUAUGCUGAGCUUUUACCGUGGGGAGGGAAGCUCACAAGCGAGUCCAUUCAAUUUUUUUCACCCAUUGUCAUAUGGACCAAGUUUCCUUCAAGCCCAGAAAACUAUGAUAUUCUGUAUUCUGCAUUCCAGGAUUACUACAAGGCGUGGCUGGAAUUAGAAGCCAGAGCUGUUGAGGAGACAGAUGCAUCUCAGAUUUCAUGCAAUCGUGAAGCACAGCAUAGAUAUCUAACGUGGAGAGCAGAAAAGGAUCCAGGUCAGGGACUCUUGAAGAAGCUUAUUGGGGAGACGCUUGCGAAGGACUUGCUGAGGAGCUUUCUAUUUAAUGGAGUUGAUGAACUUGGAAGCAAAAUGUUCCUUGAUUACUUUCCAGAAUUUCGUUGCGAGGACGGCAGUGUAAAUAAAUCACACAGCAUUGUCGGAAAAUCUUAUGAAAAUCGCCCUUGGGAUGCGAGAGGUGAAUUCAUCAGCAGCUGAUUUCACUAUCUAGUUUUGCAAGGAGAUGGUUUUUGAAGAAUUGCUCUUGUAUCUAGCUCUUGCGUCUUGAGUGCCUCUAAGAUGGGAUUUCCUCAGCUUGUAUACACAAAACCUAUAAAUGAAGUCAAAGAAAAAUCAAUUCUUUUUAGCCAAGUAAAAAUUAUGCAGAAAUCAGUCAUCUAUAUUAUCAACUUGUGUAUGG